GUCCAUCCUGCUCGUUACCUACCGUUAAACCUCUAUCCAUCUAUCACGAUCCACGAAAUCAGCUGCCCGCCUCUUUCCCAACUUUCUAUUGUUACCGGCUUUCUACCACCGCCUUCCUGCCUCACUUCUUGUCGGAUUGGUCCACGAACACCCUGUAACUUGUUCCUUCAUCUUGUCUUCUAUUUUUCCCCUCUCACUCAAUUGCUAGAAAAGAGCUAUAGGAUUGAAUAAACAACGCUCGAACAAACAAAUAGUCAUUCAUUCAAUUCUAUCCUACCAAUCGAAACCCAGGUCUAUUUCUAACUCUUCUCUCCGACUGGAAUAUCACUUCGAUUCAUAUCGCCUGGAAACAAAAGCAUGCGCUAGGAAAUUCAUACAUCUCCAAGGGGACAUCUUAGGAAGAUCUCGGUUUAUGCAUCUCGCUACCUCGUCCAGCUUGUCGCCUGGUCUAAUUUCUACUAACCCAUAUCUCCCUCGACUCUUCUCAUUUACACAAUCUAUAACGCGAGCUGCUCCGCGCCCUUAUCCACCUUCGAUAAACUUAUCCUGGUCAAACUCUUUCCCCAGUCGCUUUACUGCUACGAUUGUCAUUUUCACAUUGGAUUGCAGUUGGGGAGAAAGAUGACGAUAGAGUCCGACAAGGUGUCUGCGGCACCAUUGCCCCUAAAACGGCAAGCCCAUGAUGCGACAAGCCCGGCCGUCCGAACACCAUCAAGAAUAGCUACACCUCCCCCGCCGUCCGAUCGAGCGAGACUACAAGUAAUGAAUAAUGUAGAAAGUCACCACCCGAAAUCUACACGCCAUAGCGGCCGGGGAACGAGCUUAGGUGGCAUCGACCCUGAAAUAUUAUCGCGGGCUCUUUCAAGAGAACUCUCUAGCGACCGUCGAGAUAGCACGCCUGGUGCCAGUCCUAGUAGGAAAAGGCAGCGUAUCAAUGGCGACAGAUUUAUACCCUCGCGUUCUGGUCAAGAUCUCCAAGCUAGUUUUAGUCUCUUGCAUGAUGAAGGUUCGCCAGCGACACCCUCGCGUCAGAAGAAGCGAACGCCGCAUGGCGAACUUCACUUUCAAAAGACCGAGGAAGCAAAUCGAAUCUUCUCAACUGUCUUGAGGGCAGAACUCUUCGACAACACAAUACCGCAAUCCACCCCGCAAUCAUUAACACCGGAUACUAACCUACCUGGCUCGUCGCACUCGACACACAUUCAAGAUGGCACCAGAUCUCAUACCCCACCGAACAACCCUCCCCCUACUCUCCCUUCCAGCUUUACCCCGUCCACCCCUCACAAGAAUCUCUUUUCAUAUAUCUCGCCUCGCCACCAUUCUAAUGUCGCCGGCCACCCCACUCCAUCUCGGACUCCCCAAAGUCGGCAUGGCCCGAAUAUGGACAUACGCUCAGACAUGUAUAGUUUGUCGCCAGUGCGAUUUGGAAGCCAACAAAUGCUAUUAAGUCCAAGACGUCAAACUAGAGCUAUCUGCAAAGUACCUUACAAGGUCUUGGACGCGCCCGAACUUGCUGACGAUUUUUAUUUGAAUUUGGUGGAUUGGGGCAGUGCCAACGUUCUGGGCGUCGGGUUGGGCUCAAGUGUGUAUAUGUGGAAUGCACAGACGAGCAAGGUCAAUAGGCUCUGCACACUUGAGGACGAUACGGUGACGAGCGUGUCCUGGAUACAAAAAGGCACGCACCUUGCUAUCGGCACCGGCAAAGGUCUGGUGCAGAUCUGGGAUGCCGAGAAGGCUAGACGUUUAAGAACGAUGACUGGCCAUACUGCUCGCGUAGGAGCUCUAGCCUGGAAUACCCACAUCCUCACGUCAGGAUCCCGAGAUCGACUGAUAUAUCAUCGCGACGUUAGAAUGCCUGAUCAGUGGAUGCGGAAGCUCGUGGGCCACAAGCAAGAAGUAUGUGGCUUGAAGUGGAAUUGCGAAGACGGUCAGUUGGCAAGUGGAGGUAACGACAACAAGUUGAUGGUUUGGGAUAAACUUUCCGAAACCCCCCUCUGGAAAUUUUCGGACCACACCGCAGCUGUUAAGGCAAUUGCCUGGUCCCCGCACCAGCGUGGCCUCCUUGCUUCGGGUGGCGGAACAGCUGAUAGAAGAAUCAUAUUCCACGACACAGUUCGAGGUACGGUUAUUAACGAGAUCGACACCGGGAGCCAGGUGUGUAAUAUUUCGUGGUCCAAGAACUCUAACGAAAUUGUUUCCACCCAUGGUUAUAGCCAGAACCAGAUCGUGGUAUGGAAGUAUCCUGCCAUGACUCAGGUGGUUAGUCUCACAGGGCAUACGUACAGAGUCUUGUAUUUGGCGAUGAGCCCCGACGGUAGAACCAUAGUAACAGGGGCUGGUGAUGAGACCCUGAGAUUCUGGAGUGUGUUCGGCCGAAGACCAGGACAGAGGGAGGAUAGCGAUGGUGGUGGAGGACGACUAAGUGACUGGGGCGUCAUUCGAUAAUGAACUUCGCGCCCUAAAUACAAACCAUGUGUAUGAUGGAGGUGGAUAUUCUCAUCUCCACGACGUUCUGCACACCUAGUUAACGACACCUUUAAACGGGAUAACCUAACACAAAUAACUCAUCUGCAUGCAUCGGCGUUAACAUUUUUCUUCGGGAGAUUCGCAUGUACGAACUGGCGUGAGGAGAGGAUCGGUUUUGUGGAGGGGGGGUGGAGUGGUUAGCUGCAAUCGUCAGAGAUUUGACGAGCUAAUUUGCAUCCGACUGUUACGGUAGGGAUAACAGAAUCUGGUUUUUAAUUUUGGUAUGAUUAGCAAGGCGUUAAAGGUGCUAGUCGGCGGACUUAACAUCGAAGUCUCAAAUAGGUGAUUAAGUGAAUGGAGGGAGGGAGAUAAAUCUAUCCAUUACUUACCUAGGUAGGUGUCCAAGUGGUGGCAGCAUCAUGAGCAUUAUUGCGGAGCAUGCGGACUGAAUGGAAUGUAUUAAGGAAGUUACCAAAAACACUAUCAAUCAUAAAGGGACACGCGCAUAACAAGCCCCUUCGGACUUAAUUAAAAUGCUUCACAUCUAUUAGUCUCGUUGUCAAUUAUCUAAUCGUACCAUUACUUUAAGUCUCGUAGGUAGGAUACAUAUUCAGGUUAUUACACA